UGCACCAGAAGCAUCGCAAUUGUUGGAUUCUGUUUUGCACCAUUUGUUUAUACACCCUUCAAAGGAAACAGUCAUGUCAGGGAAAGUCAUCGUGGUGUUUGCACUGUUGAUGGCUCUGCUGGUAUCAUCCGGAGAGGCCAGAGAGGCUGGUCUCCUGCAGCUGCUGGCAAAGAGAGACCCGGCCGGCAGACAGGAGCCGGCGCCGCAGGCCUCCCCUGCACGGCCGGCGAGAAGGGCACACCUAUCAGAGGACGAUAGGGAGAUUAUGACAAAACAAAUAAUGCAAGCAAUUUCAGAGAUGAACUGCAUGUCGGACCGGGACUACCAGGGCUGGGUGGACUUCGGACGCCGGGACGCAGAAUGAGACACGCCGACAGCGACCCGACAGCUCAGACUCACC